AUGGAACAAAGAAAAUACGGGGAACGGAGGGAGCUACGGCAAUGGGUGGCCUUCAUGUUUGCAUCGCUUCUAUGGUGGAGCGGAGCUUCGGCGCAAAUAAGAUACUCCAUCUCUGAAGAGCUGAAGGAGGGAACUGUCGUGGGUAACGUAGCGAAGGAUUUGGGACUAGAUCUGAGCACCUUGAAACAGAGAGGAUUUAGAAUUGUGUCUAGUUUGCCCAAUCCUCUAUUUGAGGUCAAUCAGAACGAUGGCAUACUGCAUGUGAAGCAAAAGAUAGACAGAGAGCAGGUAUGCAAACAAAGUAGCGUUUGUCUUAUAAACCUGAAAACAGUGUUAGAAAACCCACUAGAAAUGCAUUAUGUUGCGGUGGAGAUGCUAGACGUGAACGACCACUCACCCCAUUUUCCAUAUAAAGAAAAACGAUUGGAGGUUUCUGAGUCUGCGUUGCCAGGCGUACGAUUUCAGCUUCAACCAGCGCGUGAUCCAGACGGAGGUGUUUACUCCGUACAGCAAUAUAAAUUGAGUCACAAUGAGCAUUUUCGUUUGGAGGUUAAAGACCGUGGUACAGAUGGCAAAAUUCCUAUUCUAAAUCUGCAAAGACCGCUUGACAGAGAGGUUAAGAGCAGCCAUAGGUUGCUGCUGACAGCCAUAGAUGGAGGAAAACCCCCUAGGUCUGGGACUGUUGAGAUAGUCGUGGAAGUGUUAGAUGUUAAUGAUAAUAUGCCUGUUUUCACAAAAGAAUCAUAUUCGGUGAUGUUAAAUGAAAAUUCUCCAAUUGGUACAGCGGUCAUACAAGUAAACGCAACCGAUCUGGACGAAGGUUCAAAUGGCCAGGUCAUAUAUUCAUUUGGUAAUGUCAACAGUCAGAUACAUGCGCUUUUUCACAUAGACGACACUACAGGUCAAAUAACUGUAAUAGGGUUAAUAGAUUUUGAGACUAAGGAUUUCUACGAAAUCGAUAUACAGGCCUCUGAUAAGGGCUCUGCUCCACUAACUGCGGACAAAAGCAUAACAGUGAAAAUUGUUGAUCUGAACGAUAAUGAUCCCGAGAUAGAGGUAACAUCAUUUUCGAAAGCAAUUCCUGAAAAUUCCAGACCUGGAACGACGGUAGCAUUGAUCAGUGUUUAUGAUUUAGAUUCUGGUCUCAAUGGGAAAGUUAUCUGUUCUAUCAGUGAGGAUGUCCCUUUCACUUUCACGCCAUCUUUACAAGAUAAUAUGUACUCUUUAGUUACCAAGUCACCUCUGGAUAGGGAGAAACAAUCCCAGUAUGACGUAACAAUAGUUGCUAAAGACGCAGGACAACCAGCUUUGACGUCUGUAAAGACUAUCUGCGUAACAGUAUCAGAUGUGAAUGAUAACAGUCCUGUAUUUUCACUUAAUCCCUAUACUUUCUAUAUAACUGAAAAUAACGAGCCCGGGGCUAGACUAUUUAGCGUGAGCGCCUCUGACCGCGAUGAAAAUGAAAAUGCAAUUAUUUCUUAUCAAGUUUUGAGGGAGGGUGGAGAAGGAAAUAAAUUAGCAUCAUUUCUUAACAUUAAUUCUGAAAAAGGAGAUAUAUUGGCACUAAAAAGCUUUGACUUUGAAACUUUGAAAACGUUUAGGUUCCAAGUUGUAGCAACUGACUCUGGAACUCCGGCGCUAAGCAGCAACGUCACAGUGAAUGUGUUCCUUCUGGAUCAGAACGACAACGCUCCAGUGAUCUUGUAUCCAGUCAGCGCUAACGGUUCUGCUGAAGGUGUGGGGGAGAUUCCACGCAAUGUCAACGCAGGACAUUUGGUGACUAAAGUGAGAGCCUAUGACGCAGAUGUAGGAUAUAACGGCUGGUUGUUGUUUUCACUGCAAGAAGUUAGUGACCACAGUCUCUUUUCUCUGGAUCGCUACACAGGACAGAUAAGGACACUUCGGUCCUUCACAGAGACAGACGAAGCUGAACAUAAACUGGUCAUACUGGUCAAAGACAAUGGGAACGUUUCACUCUCAGCAACAACUACUGUGAUCAUCAACGCUGUGGAGCCCAAAGAGGCUUUUGCUGCUUCUGAUGUUAAAAGCUCAGUCAAAGAAGAUGAUGAGAAUAAUGUUACAUUCUAUUUGAUCAUCACUUUGGGGUCGGUUUCCACUCUUUUCCUGGUCAGCAUCAUCGUCUUGGUUGUAAUGCAGUGUUCCAAAAGCGCAGACUAUUCCUCCAAGUAUUUACAAGACACAAACUAUGACGGGACAUUGUGCCACAGCAUCCAGUACAGAUCUGGAGACAAACGGUACAUGUUAGUUGGACCCAGAAUGAGUAUAGGUUCUACUAUAGUCCCGGGCAGCAAUGGGAAUACUCUGGUGGUUCCCGAUCACAGGAGGCUUGCGUCUGGAGAGGUAAGAAAGCAAAUGAGCUUUAAUGACCAUUCAUGCACAUAUGUUCACGAUGUCAUUAUACUGUGCUUCUGCGGAUAA